UCUUAUCAAAUGCGAUACAAGGCGAUACAUUAUGUAAACAUGAAUGUCGUAAUAAAAGCUAUUUUAAGUAUUUUACUUCCACUUCUACCAGACAAACUCCGGAAGAGGGUACAUUUGCAUUCGGAUGUGGGUACUUUACACGAAUUCAUCAGUCCAGAUUGUCUGCCUUUGGAAUUAGGAGGUAAUUUACCGAGUUUCGAUCCUACUGAAGCCAAUAACAUGCUUAGAUCUAACGAAGAAUUCUUCCGAACAAACGAAGAAUACGUGAAAUUGUACGAAGAAGAAACAAAUAAAAAUUUCAGCCAAGGUACAUUUAGAUACGUCGGUGAAGAUUUAGAAGAUGAGAAGAUUAAAAAAUUUAUAGAAAAAUCAGAAGAAAAAUUUAAAUGUCAUACUGAUAACCCAGAAGCAUUCUUGGCUGCUUUAAAAGAAGAUUCUGAAUUUGAAAUUACACAUUUUUAAAUCAGUUUUGACUUAUGUAAACAAAAGUAGGUACUAGUUAAUCAGAUACUGCUUCCAUUUGUAAAACAAUCUCUAAAACCUAUGUUUAGGAUUGAAUGUAAGUUUUAUUAACUAAAAUUACAUAAUAAAUGAUUUCUCUGUAAUUGCCAUCAUUAUGAUAAACGGUCACAGAAAGUUUGAAUCUUAACAGACAAGGAAGAAUUUACAACUUAAC